AAACACAAGCAUAUUUGUUUUGUACUACGUUGCGUUGUAGUAAUUAAAGCUGCAAUAACCGUACUUAACUAGCUAGCUCAAAUGGCUUCCGGUAGCUACUUCCUCAGCACCAUACUGUUGUUCUCUUUUGCCACAAUGGCAUUUUCCCAAUCUCUUUCCCCAUUCUUCUAUCAAAGAGUGUGUCCUCUAGCUUUGCCAACCAUUCGCCGCAUUGUCUUCAACGCCGUUUUGCAAGAGCGCCGCAUGGGUGCCUCUUUAUUACGUCUGCAUUUUCAUGAUUGUUUCGUUAACGGUUGUGAUGCAUCGAUUCUACUGGAUUCUACUUCCACCAUUGACAGUGAAAAGAACUCUCUAGCCAAUGCCAAUUCUGCGCGAGGGUUUGAAGUUAUUGAUCGAAUCAAGUCUGUUGUUGAUAAAGUCUGUAAUGGUCCCGUAGUCUCUUGUGCUGACAUUUUAGCUGUUGCUGCUCGUGACUCUGUACUCGCGUUAGGAGGUCCGUCAUGGACGGUGCAACUUGGGAGAAGGGACUCCACAACCGCCAGCAGAACUGACGCCGACAACAACCUUCCAUCACCAUUCAUGGACUUGACUGCUCUAAUUGACAAUUUCUCAAAGCAAGGCCUUGAUGUUAAAGAUUUGGUUGCACUUUCUGGCGGGCACACAUUGGGGCUUGCCCAAUGCCGAACCUUCAGAGAUCGCAUCUAUAACGAUACCAAUAUCGAUCAAGGUUUCGCAGCACAACGCCAAGCUACUUGUCCACGCGUUGGAGGCAACUCUACUCUUGCUCCACUCGACCCUUCUCCGGCCUACUUUGACACUAGAUAUUUCAGUAACUUGGUGAUGAACAAAGGACUUUUGCACUCCGAUCAAGUAUUGUUCAAUGGUGGUCAGACUGAUAAUCUUGUCAACACUUACAGCCGAAGCAUUCGUGCUUUUGCUACUGAUUUUGCUCAGUCUAUGAUUAAGAUGGGUAAUAUUAAGCCUUUGACUGGAAAUAAUGGUCAGAUUCGAGUGAAUUGUAGGAAUGUGAAUUGAUUUGCAUUUGCAGUUGAGUGUGAAAGGUUGAGAAAUCCUCAAUGGCUCAAAAGCAGCUUGGGGGGGAUAAAUGUUUGUGUGAAAUUCUUUGUGUUGGGUUUUUCUUUUCUUUUGUUUCCAAAUAGAUGCAAGUGUAAAAUUGGUAUUCAAAACUGUGUGUUAUUGACAAGUCAUAUGUAGUAUUCGUUAUAUUUCAGUGUUUUUUUAAUAUU